GCUGUUGCGCUACACCCUGCCCGUCCGGCCGCAUCGCCCUCUACCUCAAGCUGUCGUGCAUGCCUCGCGCUUUCCCUCCACUGGUGAACCUCUUCACCGCCGCCUGGGUGCAACACUCUGCUGCUGCACUACUACCUCGCACUGCGGGCUUCGUCUCGUUGCCCAGCGUAAGAUCUCGAGCGGUGUCAUCGAGCGUCGGAUUCAGCGGGUCACCCUUGAGGAACCUUGCUGGCACCUUCCAGGCAAGGCUAGGCCGACACCAGACACCGACGGCAUCAACCCUCCCUGCCAUGGCUUCGUUAUCGGCUUCUGCGGCAGGAAGAGGCGAUGACAGCGCGCCCGACCUCCCGUUCCGUUACCAGUGGCCGCGUCCGGCGGUAACGGUAGACUGCCUGAUCUACGCUCUGGACGAGGGGAAGCCGUGGAUCCUGCUCAUCAAGCGAAAGAACGACCCCUUCAAGGGGGGCUGGGCGCUCCCUGGCGGCUUCGUGGAUCAGAACGAGGGGCUCGACGCGGCUGCCCGGAGGGAACUGGAAGAAGAAAGCGGCGUUACGAACCGCACGAUGGUGCAAACAGGAGCAUACGGCGAUCCCGGGCGAGAUCCUCGGGGGCACACCAUCACCGUGGCGUUCAUGGCUUGGGCGCCGUCGAAGGCCGCGUGUAACGCUCGCGCCGGAGACGAUGCGGCGGAGGCACGUUUCUUCCCGGUUGAGCGUCUUCCGAGCAUGGCGUUUGACCACCUCAAGGUAAUCACGGACUCUUGGGCGAGGUGUCGUUUCGGAGCGACCAAUGACGGGGGCGGCGUGUCGGUGGAGGACAAGGCAAGCGGGCAAGCUCUGGGCGAAUAUUCUACCUCGUCAACGUCUGGCACAGCAGGGUCCGUGGGGGCGGAAGCCCUGGGUUUGCUCGUUCCCGCAGAGGCGUCAUCCUGAUAUGGUCUUGUGUCUUUUUCUCGUUUCCUCUUGCACAUGCAGGAAAGGUUUGUAAUCGUCACAAUUAGUCUUGCACCAGUCCAUACACACGCUUUUCGUGUGUUGCAAAAAUGAAUGGUGUCGGGGUGCGGUCAGGACAGAGUGAAUUCCUUUCCUGUGGAGUGAAUCGACAGUUGGUAUUCUUUUUGUUUGGACGAAAGACGAAAGAGAGGCAUUUUGACCUCAACGGGAUGCAGGGCCGAAACAACCCUGCCACUGCUGUUUUGGUCGUUAGGAAAAAGAACAAGGUUCGGGGUUACUAUCUGUUUUAUCCAUGCGCUUUUCUCGCCGUCUGCUGCCCCCGAUGUUUUCUUGAACGAGCCCCGGUAGCGACGGCCGAUCUUGUUUUUUUUUCUGGUUUCGAAAACUACCGAAAUACCACGAGGUGAACUGAAGGAAAAAGAAUAACAAGAAACAAAU